UGGAAUGAGAACGCGAAUGGGUCAAAACGAGGGAAAGCCGACGCGCAAAGUGAACAGACCGCUAGUCGCGACAGCUAAGCCAGAUAUAAUUCCGUAAGACGACGAGAAACAGCGGAGAAUACCGCGAACGUUGCAUAAAUAUUUGAUCCCCUAUUGGCACAAUAUAUUCGAUGUGGUCAUGUUGGGGAAACAUUCGAGUUGCAAAGCAAACCACGAUGUUGAGAAACAGUGGCCAACAACAGCUUAUUAAUGGUAGAACAUUUAACGAUCCUACACGAGAAGGAUUCAUUAUGUGAAAGCCGUAUUAAAACCUUUCUUUGUAUAAUUCAUUGGCUUUUCCGUGACGUGAUGAUAGUGACAAUGAUGACGCAAGUGAAACAAUGCGGUGGAUGGAAAGUCGAGGGUUGCAUUAUAACGAAAUGAAUGGAUCUGGGAAGAAAGUGAAAAGAAAGAAGAGACAGAGAUUGUUGGCAUAGUGGCUCCGUCUUCUCGGUCACGGUCUUGAUGUUUGCUCAGUGUAAAGGAUUUGAUAUCCAUCGAUCAUGAGCCACCCACAUCCUUUGACCGGCUCUUUUCGCUUCUUAUCCGUUUAUCCCUUUUGUCGCUACGUUUUCUAGUGUCUCAUUUAUAUCGCAUGUAUACAAACCGUUUUAGAGAAAGAGAGAAGCCAUCUACUCUAUAAAGCACAUAGAAAAAGGAAAAGAAAAACGUCGCAAAGAAAGAACGCGACAGGUGAAAGUCGUGACGACAAAAUAAGAAGACGCAUCUUUCCUCACUCUUCUGCGCCGUCAUCCUACGGAAGAGGGAAAUCCUUUCAACGACGGCAGGAAAAACACGAUCAGUUGGUUGACGACGACAAGGAAAAAGGGGCGACGAGAGGAAAUAUCCGGGCAAUAAAUCGAAGCCACAGCAGUGAACGCAUUUCAGUGAUCUCGUCCUGUCUUCCGGACACAUUUCCUGAUCGACGUUCACGCAAGUUAUUGAAAUGACGUCUCGCAUUGACGUUUUGAGGAUAUUAUGGUUGCUAUUGAUUCUCGCAACCCUUCUCGAUGCUUCCCCAGCGAUUAAAAAGGAACGCAAAGCACCGGUCAAUUUUCGGUUUUCCAAGGAUCAAAAUGCGGAGGCUACGAAUCACGGAGGCGGUGACAGACAUCACGAAGAGAGUGCCGGUUCGAAACACGAAGAGGAUCACCACGACACGCACGGUCACAAAGGCGACAAGGGUUACAAGGCUUUUCACGAGUUUGAGAAAAGCGAUAAGGGCCAUCACGACAAGGAGAAGCACAAGCACGAAUAUGACGAGGAAAAGGGCGAAUCGGACAAGAAGCACGAAGAAGCUGGACAUUACGGUCAGGAGCAUCACGGUGAGGAGGGCGAGAAGGAUGCGAAGUUCGGCGAAGAAGGGAAGCACCAGAAGGGAUACAGUACGAAAGGAGAACACAGCGUCUUCAAGAAGGAUGAAUAUGAGAAGAAACAUGAUUUUUAUGACGAGUAUCACGAAGACGGAGGAAGCGAAAAGCAUGGUGGUUGGCACGAAGAGCAUGAGGGCAAAAAGGGUGGCCAUGAAAAGAAAGGCCAUCUGCAUGCGGGACAUCACGAGGGACAUCGCGGGUUGGAAAAGAAACAUGACGGAGGCCACCAUCAUCAGGAAAAGAAAGGUCACAAAUCAGCCGAGGGACACGAGAGCCAUCACGAUCAUCAUGAGAGACAUGGUCACAAAGGCGGUCACGCAUCAGGGCACAAAUUUUCGAAAUCAAAUCAUUAAUGACAGACGACACGAAAUUUAUUUUUACAUAAUUGUUGAACGCAAUUGUUUCGCUUAUAUCUAUUUUAAAAACAACUUCGUGGUCGAAUCAAGGCGGUACAUUUGGAAUAAUAUUGAAUGGCGUAUAUCAAAUGCGUCA